CACAUUGUUUGGAUCUAAUGGAUGGGGCCACCAGAUUUCGCUUCCCCUCUCCGCCUAUGAAGCGGUGCUUUUCGGCCUGCCUCAGGGGCGGAGAAGGGCAAUAAACCGCUGUCACUGCAGCCUCCCGGGAAAUUAACCGGCGUCAUUCCGAAUUGGAACCUUCUUUUGGUUUUUAGCCGCGCCUAUAAUAGAAACAGCGCGGUAGCUCAGAACCUCCUCUCCGCCCCCUCCCAGCCGGGGUUUGACGGCCCGGCGUGGCAGCCAAUGGGCGGCGGGGCGGACGCGCCGCUGCACCAAUAAGCGACGGGGGCGGGCGGCCGGGCGGCCCGGCCAGGGAGGCUGCAGCCGAGCCAUGCUGCUGUGCGCUGUGCUCUACCUCUGCGCCGCGCCGCUGGCGCACGGUUUACGCAUCCACGAAUACUUAUAUUUCCAAGUGCUGAGUCCUGGAGACAUCCGCUACAUUUUCACAGCCACUCCGGCCAAGGAUUUUGGAGGCGUUUUUAACACGAGGUACGAGCAGAUCCACCUGGUGCCGGCCGACCCCCCCGAAGCCUGCGGGGAGCUCAGCAAUGGCGUCUUCAUCCAGGACCAGAUCGCCCUGGUGGAACGGGGGGGCUGCUCAUUCCUGUCGAAGACACGGGUGGUCCAGGAGCACGGCGGGCGGGCGGUGAUCAUCGCCGACAACGCCUACGACAACGACAGCUUCUACGUUGAGAUGAUCCAGGACAGCACCCAGCGCACCGCCGACAUCCCCGCUCUCUUCCUGCUCGGCAGGGAUGGGUACAUGAUCCGGCGCUCCUUGGAGCAGCACGGCUUGCCCUGGGCCAUCAUCUCCAUCCCCGUUAAUGUCUCCAGCAUCCCCACGUAUGAAAUGAUGCAGCCGCCCUGGACCUUCUGGUAGCACGUUGUGAUGGAUCCUGAGGUCGUGGGUGCAGGGACCCCAUCCCACCGCGAGCUCCCUGCGCAUAGGGGGCUUCCUUGGGACUUAUCAACCUGGUGCCUUCGGCUGCAGCUUGCAUCCAACUAAAUUCCAGCCCUUUGGAGGUGCAGCGGGACCUGGAUCACCCACUGCCCCAAUGCCAGAUGCCUUUUGGGGGGUGUUUUCUCGGUUAGGGGGCGACUGGCCCAGACUGCGGCAUCAGGGCUGCCAAAGCUCGCAUCGCUGCUGCCAUGAGCCAUAGCAUUGCAAAUGGGUGCUGCAGACACCAAGCCCCAUGACUCAUGUCAGCAUUGCCCCAUGCUGCCAGGAGGCACCAGAAGGCCUGUGGUUUAUCCUGGCCUGGAGGAUCCAGCCGGCGAGCUGGGUCGAUGCGGAGGGGCUGGGGCAGCGAGGACGCAGCCCUGCACGGGGUUUGUCCCCCGAGGGGAGAGCUCUCGCUGCAACCACGUCUUAGUGCAAAGUGCUCCCAGCAAGCUUAGGUGAGCGGCUUGCCCAGAACUGGACUUGCAUCAAAGGACCAGGGCUCCUGCCGGUUGAGGUAAGACAGCACCAAGGGCCUGGGGAGGGUCACAGGGGCUAAAUUUACCCCCUUUGCCAGCCCACUGAUGCCAUGGAAAUGCCCCUGCUUACACCUAACCUCCAUGAAGCUGGAAGAGAUAGACACAGUGUGGUCCAGACCCCUCCAGGGUGCACAGAGGAGCAUCGGACCACCCUGCAAGCUGCUUUGCAUGCCCAGCCCUGCCCCCUCAUGCCCUGCACCCACUGCUUCUGUCCUCUGGAUCCUUUUCAGCCCAGGACUUGGCCUCCCCUCUGCAGCAGGCUGAGCUUUAGGCACGCUGCUCACUUCUGCACCAGCCCUGUCCCAGGGGCUCCCUGCAUCCUGCAGGUCCAGGAGCUUCCAGCCUCCGUAGCUGCCGGCUCCAUCACUCAUUAAAGGAGCCCUGGCUUCAUCUCCUUGGCAGGACACACCAUCACUGCUGUGCCCUUGUCACAGUCCCGCUCCUCUCCUGCACCGUGGACAUCCUCAGCUUGGUCUGUCCCCAUCCGUGAGCCUCUGAAUGGCUGUGACAUUAUCCGAAGCUGCACUGGAUAAUCCAAAGGGUCCCUUUCCCAGGGCUGAGCAGGGCUUUCCAGACCAGAAGCAGCCAAGCCAGCUCGUCUCCAACAGGAGCCUUCACCCUCCACCCUGUUUCUUGCAUCCCACCUGGGUGAGAUUUGCUGCUCGGCCAUGGCUGGCGAGAGGGGUGGCACCUACACGGCACGCUCCCACCACCUCUGUCCAGGCACGCGGCCUCUGAGCUCUGGUGAGACUGCACAGCCGACCCUGCAAUGGCCUCGCCGGACCCUGGCUCCUUGGUGUGGGCCGAGGUGAUGGAGGGCAGGGAGCCCUUGGCAUGUUUCGUCGAAGGGCCUGGUGCUCCCCGGUCCUUACGGCGGUUUGUGGGCUCCUGGCUCCCACUACCAGUUUCCAUACCCGGGGAAGCAUCUCUGGCUGUGGCUUGGCUGGACAGUGAAUUUUGGAGCUGGGAUGGGGGGGAUUUUGAUGCCUUUUGCUGCUGCCUCCCUGCUCCCAUGUUGAGGUGGUUCUGAUCCAGGGUCCUGGUUUGGGCCUAGCAAUAAUUUGAACCUCCAAGGCUGGAGGUUGCAUGGAAAGGACUUUGCAGAGCACUGUGCCAGGCUGGGUGGGUGGGUGUGGGAAAGGAUGGGAAGAUCUGAGCCUAUUCCCUGCCUACGGCCCCUUUUCCCUUCAGCUCCCAGACCCCAGUCUGGGGUGAGAUACAAGGGGGAUGAUGCACCUUCUAGCAUGGGGAGGCUGGAAGCAAGUAUGGGGGAGAAAGGGGUCCUUGGUGCCCACCCCUCCUCUGCUGGGACCUGACCCAGGUAUUGCACAGCUCCAGAGGCUGCUGCAAGGUCGUGCCGCCUGGACUUUGCACGCAGCAUCCUGUCACCAGGCAGUGCGGGGUGGGGAAGGGGCCGAGAGCCUGACCUGCGCUCUGCAACUCCCAGAGCAGCAUCAGGGCCAAGGGACCGCGAUCUGGGGGAGCAGGAAUUCCCCUCCGCAAGGACCAAGAGCCAUCCCCAGGACGCCCCCCGCUCAGAGGUAUCAGCGACCAACUAGCGUCGGCCUCUCGUGCCAAGCCGAGGUCGCCGGGGCAUUUGUUCUGCAUCGUUUGUACCAGAAACCUCUUUUCUAAUGAAUGUAUUAAAGGUGUCAGCUGUGCAGUCUCA